GCUGUGUCUAAAGCAGAGCAGAAGAUUGUAGAUAACGGCCGAGCUCGUGCUGCUGUCUUGGGAAUUCUUUGAAAGUUUCUUGCUGUGGGUUUGGCAGCCAACGUGUUCACUUUUCCCACAAGCAACAUGCCCAGGCUCAUUCUUCCAGACCCAAUACUCCUCUACCUCCUGCUAAACCUCUGCCUCUCUUUACCAGGGUGGGCACAUGCUCUGACAGGAGGCAACUGCCCGAGCUCUAAGUGGAACGUCAUGUGUCGUCCGUGUUGCGAGUACCACCUCAUCCAGUGUCGGUGCCCCUCUAAAGGCUCCAGGGUAGGCUACACUGUUCCCUGCUGCCGCAACGCUCUGGAUCAGUGUGACCCUUGUAUCAUUCACCCAGGCUGCAGUCUGUUUGAGAAUUGUAAAACCUGCCACAAUGGAACAUGGAAAGCUAAUGAUGACUUCUUUGUCGAUGGAAAGUAUUGCACGGAGUGUCGUCAAGGCUGGAGCGGAGGAGACUGUAAAACAUGUGGAGGAGUUAUUCACCGAGCUCAGGGUCACAUAAUCGUGGAGAGCUACCCAACAAACGCCCGAUGUGAAUGGACUGUGCAAGUGGAGAGGGACAGCAGCGUUGAGCUCAGCUUCUUACAACUCAGUUUGGAGUCUGACCACAGCUGUCGUUACGACUACAUCGAGGUACGUGACGGUGACUAUCUGGGCUCUCCUGUGAUUGGGCGGUUCUGUGGGGACCGGCUGCCUCCUCCAAUAAAAAGUUCCGGGAACUCCUUGCACAUUCUGUUCUCCUCGGAUGGCUACAAUAACUUUGAUGGAUUUGUUCUUGCCUUUCAGGAGAUUUCAGUUUCCACCAUCAAGAAUGCAGCAUGCACACUCCCAGAAAACCCAAGUAAUGGAUAUUUGCUGCCAGUAUAUGGUCCAAAUGAGGAGCUUGUCUUUGUAAACUACUGGUGUCAUGCACCUUUCACACUGACGGGUGCCCAGAAGAGGACCUGUCUGUCGAAUGGCACAUGGAGCGGCUCAACCCCUUCAUGUGUAAAAGGCCAAACAAGCCCAGUUCGGUGUGCCCCUCCAAGGAAUUUGCUCCAUGGUUACCACAGACCUUUUCCUGACGCAGCUGGAGGUUCACAGACGAUAGAGUUUUUCUGUAAAAACUCCUACAUUUUAAGUGGAAGCCACCUGAGUACCUGCCUGUCUAAUGGAUCUUGGAGUAGCAGGCCGCCAAAGUGUGUCAGAGCUUGUCAAGAACCCAAAGUGUCUGGACUGGUGCGUCAAACUGUUGUGAAGCCACAUCAAUUUUCAAGAAAGAGUUCAGACCAAAGGCUCCCCCUCUCCUCCAGAUACAACGUGCCCGAUUUGUUGUCGGCUGGCUUCAUUCCGCUGAUGCAGGGCAAACAGCCCAAAGAGGAGCGAGACGACAUCGCCCCGGAGGCAAUUCCUCGAGGCUUACACCCGCUUUUCACGAGCAUCGAUUACAAGUGUGCUUCGCCUCUCUACCAGCACACAGGAAGUUCCCGACGCACCUGUCUGAAGACUGGCAGGUGGAGCGGGCGCCAUGUUUCCUGCUCACCAGUUUGUGGCAAAUUGGACACUUUCAGCCGACACAACCUGUCCGAGACUCAGUGGCCGUGGCACGCGGCCAUUUUUAUCCGCUCGCCCCCUGAUCAUACUGCGAGCAGCAUGUCCCAUGAAGGGACCGUGUUGGGCCAGCAGGGGGCCUCAGAGGAGUCCACAUUCUGGUACCUGGCAUGCAGCGGGGCUCUGGUUGCCCAGCGGAGGGUCCUGGUUUCAGCUCAGUGUGUGGUGGACGAGGACAAGCCGCUCCACCCCGCCCAUGUGAAGGUUGUCAUAGGGAUGCAGCAUCAUGCAUCCAGGCAUCAGUUGAAAAGCCAGCACCAUCUCAGGGUUUCGGAGAUUUUAGUCCAUCCGCAUUUUUACACGGCGUCGGACUACAAUGUGGCCGUGCUCAAGCUGCAAGACAAGGCCAAGAUCAGCGAGCGCGUGCUGCCAGUGUGUCUACCCAAAAUGCAAGGCGGGGAGGUGACGGCUCAGGAGGCUUACACUGUGAGGUGGAAUUUACCCAGCGAUCACAGGCAACCCAGGCCCUACGCAGCUCCAAGCCAGACGACACUCGUUGAGCUGAGCGACGUUUCACGAUGUGAAAGGGAAUUUGCUGGAGGAGGAGCACACGGCACGGUGAUCAGUGACAAUACGCUGUGUGUCAUUACUAAGCCGUCCAGUCCUCAAAGCCCUUGUCCCAGUGUUAUUCCAGGCAUCACAACCGUGCCAGCUGUGUUUUUAUCCACAAGUGGUGCUUUGUCGGGUCACGAGGAGACUCGGGGAGCUUCUAACGCAGGCUGGCAGCUGCUUGGUUUAGAGAGUUUGAUCCGCGGGAAAAACAACUGCCACCGGCAGCUUCACACCGUUCAGACACGAAUUGCGAACUUUCGCGAUUGGAUAGAGGAAAACAUGAAGUAGACUAUUUUCUUCCCAUUAUUUAAAGCAGCUGUUCAGACAUGUCAAUAUUCAUUUCUCUUCAAUUUAGUCAGCCACGCAGUUGACAGAAAUGGUGUUGAAUGGAAUGUGGAUGCAGCUUCUAGGUUCACCUCUGUGUCAAACAACUCAAACAGCGAGGUGAAUAAGAACACCUCCUGAUCAUUUGUUUUGUUUUCAGAAUAAAGCACUUUUUACAGAUA